AUGCUGUCUUUGCUUUCCAGUUGCGCAACCCUGUGCACAAUGGACAUGCCCUGUUGAUGCAGGACACACACAAGCAGCUUCUGGAUCGAGGUUACAGGCGCCCAGUUCUGCUUUUGCAUCCUCUGGGUGGCUGGACAAAGGAUGAUGAUGUUCCUCUGAUGUGGCGAAUGAAGCAACAUGCAGCAGUGCUAGAGGAAGGAAUAUUGAAUCCAGAAACAACUGUUGUGGCCAUAUUUCCCUCUCCUAUGAUGUAUGCUGGACCAACCGAGGUUCAGUGGCAUUGCAGGGCGAGAAUGGUGGCUGGAGCAAACUUCUAUAUAGUGGGCCGAGACCCAGCUGGAAUGCCACAUCCUGAGACUGGGAAAGACCUCUAUGAUCCAACCCAUGGUGCCAAAGUCUUGACUAUGGCACCAGGUUUGAUAACAUUGGAAAUUGUACCUUUCAGAGUGGCAGCAUAUAAUAAGAAAAAGAAGUGCAUGGAUUACUACGACUCAGAACACCAUGAAGAUUUUGAAUUCAUUUCAGGAACUCGCAUGCGCAAACUGGCUCGAGAAGGUCAAAAUCCUCCGGAAGGUUUCAUGGCUCCUAAAGCGUGGACUGUCCUGACAGAGUAUUACCAAUCCUUGGAAAAAGUUUAAACUGCUCUUGUUCAUUGAGAUCAACCUUUGACACUUGAUUUAUUGACAAGACAGGGGACCACUCAGUGAUGCUGCUUUGUUGCAGCCUCCAUCAGAAAACUAUUCCUAAAUAUCUUCCUUAAGAACCAUUCUAUGAUUUUCUUACAUGUUUUGUUACAUAUUGCUAACAAACUUGUUUUUUAAUGUCUUCUCUUUAUUUACGUUUUUAUUAUAGUAGGGUUUUUUUUUUUAAAAAUCCUUUGUUUUAAUAUUCUAUUUACUCCUCUUAGUUGACCUGCACUUUUCUGGGAUGCUGAAACUUACUUUUUUUUUCUUUUCCCUUUAUGCAAUGGAAUUCCAACACUGUGUUUUAUAGUUUAAGGAAUAACUAUUAUAAUCUGAUUACAUGAACUAGAAAAAGAUGUUGAAUUUGAUCAUCAUAAAAUGGAUUUUAAUGUACUACACUUGUACUUUUCGGUCUGGACUUUGAGGUUCUUAUAUGGAAUCUCCAAAGUAACCAUGGAUGGGAAAUUAAACAUUGUUUGAUAAAUGUGUGAUUUUUAUUUUUGCGUAGCUUUUUCUUAAUCAUGUAUAAAAAUUAUGGGAAAUACAACAAGGCAUCCUGAUUAUAUGGAUCACUAAUUUUGUUUCAUGUGGUUGUAACACUAUUGCUGUCUUUCAAACUUUUGUUUUAAACU